AUGGAAGGGACCGACCUCGCCGUGAAGCUCGCUUGCGGCACGAGUUUCCGUCGUUUUCGAUUCCAUGUAAGGAAAUUCUUCUUUUUCAAAAAAGAAACGGAAGAUAUUUUUUUACAGUUUGACGAAAACGUCAACAAUUAUGAAGAACUUCUCAAGCUUGUGAGAAAGACCAUGGGAAGAGAAAACGCCACGAUCGCUUGGCGAGGUAAGAAAUCAAAAAAAAAAAAAUUGGCGCUUUGAGACAAGAUUUCGGUAUAAAGGAUAUGCUCCUUUGAAUGUGUAAUGUAAAAAAAAAUACUACGUGGAAUAAAAAGAAUAAUGAAUGCGCUUCGAGUUGAAGGAGCAUCUUUUCCGCGAUAUUCGCAGUCUUGACGCGAAAAAUUUCCUUCUUUGCAUAGACCUACUUUUGAAAAAUAAAAAAUAAGAGCAAACUUGUCACUGCGCCAGACUUUCUACGACCUGAAGAAGAAAAAAAAAAUGAUUUUUUGAAAUAUUUCAUGUUUAUUUUAUUUUAAUUUCUGAAGACUUUCAUAUAAAAUUCCCGUUUAAAAUUUUGAUUUUUUUCAGAUGAAGACGGCGACACGGUCGAAAUCACCUCAGAGGAAGAGCUUCGCGAAGCUGUGUUCAACGCUGUCGCCGAAGAGAAAAAGCCUUCAUGUCUCCGUCUGUUCGACCCGUCGGAGGCCUUCCCCAAGAAGGAGAAGCUCUCGAAGGCCGGCGGCAACUCGCCGUACAAGGUUCUUGGAAACCCUCGGAUGGAGCUGGAUGAGGUCGUUGACUUGCAGCAUAAUCAUGUUGCCACUUGCGACGGCUGUGAGCGAACGGUGAUUGGCCACCGGUUCCGCUGCGUCAUCUGCCCCGACUUCGACCUUUGUGAGAGCUGUGAGCGCAAAGGUUCGUUUUUUGUCAUCCUAAGAAACGAAUUCUUUGAAAUAACAUUAAAUGCGGUCUUCCCAGAGUAAUAUAUACAUAGGUAUAAAGAUAGCAUCUCCUUAAGGUGCCACUUUCCAGGUUACUUUCAAAAAUAUAUAAAGUGCGGCGAGUGGCUACUUAAAAGGAACAUCUGCGAAAAUGGAAAAGUGUUUUUUCCAUUACAGGGGUGACAGAACUUCAAUGAUAGAUACGAAAUCGACUCGGAGAGAUUCGAGUCUAAAAAAUUUUGAGUGAUCUCUCAAGAAAUUAUCAAUAUAAGAAGCGUUAUCAGUAAAAUAAAAAACCAUAUCCGUUGCGAAAAUAAAUCAUUAAAGGACUUAAACUAAUGUAAUAAUUACCGAGUCUUCAGGAGCCCACGAGGAACACGCGAUGCUCCGGAUCGUCGGCCCGAGGACCCGCAUCCCUUGGGGCACUCGUCUUCGCAAGAAGCCCUACAACUAUGCCCAACCCGGCUAGUAUUUUUCACUUAUUAAGAAACACUCUUUUGGGCUUCUGAAUCAGACUUCUUUGUUUCGAAUCUCUGCUCUAAAUACACAUUUCGCCUGGUGCAGAUUUGAAAUUAAACGGCUGAAGCUUGUGAAAAAGCCCAAGAAUAAAACUUGAAGGCUUAUGGGCAUCAAAAAACGGGAUUUGAGGUGAAGGCAGUAUCUUGUAGAGCCCUUCAUUGCGAGUCGAACGGUCUAUUCAAAAAAGUACAGAUAUGAGUUAUUUUGAAGAAAAACGCGUUUUUAUUUUUUCGCUACUUAGUUAUGAAUUAUGCGUUGGAUCGGUGUACAAAAAUCUGUUUACAGUAGCCGUUUACGCGUCACUAGACUCGCAUUUUGCACGAAAUAACCGGAUAUCUGCUUCAAAUCUGAACUUUCUUUUUUCCAAAAUCAUUUAGGCGAAGACAUUUUUCUCUUUAUUACGACUUAUAUUCAACGUUUCUUUUUUCAGAAGUUUCUUUGGGUGAAGCCCUGCACGACUAUUUGCGUCCAGGUUAGUUCAAAUCUAGUCACGGGAUCAAAAAAGUUUCCUUUUUUUCCAGAUCCGGCUGCCUCGAACUCUUAUCCGGCUCCGAACGCGCCGAAGACCAUUCAGGACAAGAUGAAGCAUUUCCAGGAGCUUUUCGGAAAAGCUUCGGAGCUCGCCUGGAACGCCUUCAUUCCCUUCGAGGGCAAGCAGCCAAAGAAAGACGAGGAGCUCAAGAAGGACGAGCAGGAACAGAAGAAGAACAAAGAGGAGGAGGCCAAGAAGGAGUUCGUCAAGAAACUCGCUGCUGAUCCUAUUUGGACAAACGUUCGUAAAGUGGAAACUUGAGAGGAUAUUUCAAUAUUUAUCUUCUCCCAAUGCGAUUAGUGGACGUUCAUCGAUCGAAUGACCUCUUGAGUGGCCAUUCAAAAAUAAUUUUUUAGUUAGAGUGUCAUAUUAAAUGUAUGCAAAAAGCUAAGAAUACUCUCACUUUCAAAGGGUCUCGCUUUUUUUUUCCCAUACAGCUGCACAUAAUUUUUGGAAAUAUCAAAUAAACUUCAAACAGUUCCACAAAAAAUAAGAUAUUUAUGAAAAAGUGAAUUUUUGUAGACUUUGCCGCAGUAUGUCCUUUGCUAUAAGUGUUCACUUAAGAAUUUCAGUUCCUUAAGUAAGAUAAUGCUUGUGUGGAUGUUGAAUAGAUUAAUUCAAAAUCGAGCCGAUUCGAUUUCCAAGAAGAGUUUUUCAGGGCAUGCAAGAAGUGAGCAUGUUUGGCAAGGAAAAGCGUCGCCGCGAAGAGGAAUUGAUCAAGAACUUUUGUCGCAUUGAUAUGACUCCUCCCCGGUGCUCCCAUCGACGUGCUCCCCAGUUGCAGCCGGGCGUCUUCGGUGCGCCCUGCGCGAUCCCGUUCAGCAAGCCCCAUUUCUUAGCAGACUAUCAUGAGAGCGCAAAGGAGGUGAUUUCUGCGAGAAGUGUGAUAUAAAUGACCUCUUAAGAGCUUUUAAAGUCGUGAAACACGGGGACUUGCAAUGAUCUAACAGUCUGAGAUUUCUUUCUCUCUUUCUCUCUCCUUUAUUUAUAGAGAACAGGAGGGCGCAGACAGUCAGACUGUUCAGAAGUUUUGAUGUAAUCGGCCAUUCAAAGGUUUGAAAGCCGUGGAACAGCAAAAAAGGACGACUUUCAGAGGUCUAACUGUCUGAGCUCUCUUCCUCUCUCCCACAUCAUGAGAACAAAAGGACGCAGAGAGUUAGAUCAUUUGGAAUCGCGACGAAUAGAGUUAAAUUGAUAAAAAAAAUGUCAAGGUUGCGGAAUUUGGAACCAAAGGCAACCAUUGAGUUUUUGAGACAAUAAGUUGAAUAAAUGGUUUUUCAAGGCUCAAAAAGGCGUAAAACAGCUGGAAACGACGGCUGGCACCAGUUCAACUGUCUAAGCUCUCUUUUUCCUUCAUCUCUAGAGAAUACGAGAGCGCAGACUGUUGUUUUUUUUUUCGAAAAAAACAUUAUGGCCUUGAUGUAGGAGAUAAUUUUUUCCGAAUGAAGAAAGACCUUUUUCAAUAAUAAUAAUUUUUUGAACUUGCUGGUUCCAGACCCAGGAUCCUGUGGAGGCCAAGAUCGAAAGCUUUAAGAAGACUGCCGACGCGUUAGUUUCCCUUUUGGCGUUUUCACAGUCAUUUUUAUGUUUCAGUUACAAGAAACUCUCCGAGAAAGAGAAAUGUGCCGCUUCAGUGCUCAGCUCCAUUCCCACGGCCUGGGCUAACUCGGUGGGUCGAUAUAGAACUUGAGAUGACGGCAAAUUUAGUUCAAAAUUUUAGGAAAUUGAGAAUCUUUCCCUCCUAGAGCUACGGUAAACAUUUGGAAAAUUUUGCGUAGCUUUGAAUUUUUUUGCGUUCGAAAAAAGGAGAGUGACAUUUCAGCCUUGAAAAUGAGAUCAUAGAAAUCUCAGUCUCUAUUUUAAAAAAAAUGGUCAGCAACAUCAGGUUCAGCCUGUAGAAACGGCUCGGAAAAUUUGGCUUUUCCUAAAAAAAAAAGAAGAGCAAAUUUUUAGCUUUGAAAAGUAAGAACAUUAAAAUUUCAGACUUACUCAAAGAAAAAAAAAUCAAUAUUGACGUAAACUUGAGCCAAAAAUCACAUUUGCCUUCAACUUUCAACGAAGUUUUUUUUGCAGGGUGAAUUCAAACCAGAAAAUUUCAACGUGGUCAACUUCGAGUACCCGCCCUUUCCAGAAACGGAAUACCCUGAAAAUCGGCUCACCGACCAUCAGGCUCAAUAUGAGUCUUUGCUGAGAUCUCACCAAGAACAAUUGAAAGAGACCUUGGCUCUGAACGAAGAGCUGAAAAAAAUCCAGGAAGCUCUACAGCUCAAAAAGGUGUCCGUGGAGCCCUCGGCUGAGAUCAAAGCUCGACUUGAAGCUCUAAUGGAAGUCCAAAAGAAGGCUGACAUCAAGUACAUCGCUGAGGAGGCUAAAUUUAUCAAUCGAUAUCGCGCUUCCAGAAGGGACUUGAGGAAACCCGUGAACCAGGAUGAGCUCAAGGCGGAAGCUGAGCCUCAAACGAAAGCUCAAAUGGAGGCGAAGGCGGGGGCUAAGGCUGAAGCUGAAGCUCAGUCCGAAGAAAAAGCUGAGGCUGUGACUCAGUCUGUUGGAGAGAUCGAGGCUCAAAUCAGAGGCGAGAUCAAGGAAACUCUCAAGCGCAUCGAAGAGCGAUGGCCGCAAGGAACUCCGAUCCUCGAAGAGUCGCGGUCUUCCAGCUUCGAACACCUCAACCACUCGAGGUUAAUUUCCCUCGGAAUCCCGAAAAUAUAGGAUUUUUUUUCAGCGACAACGGCGUCGUUCCGGAAGGCGUCUAUAACACCAACUUUGUGCAGAACCCGGAGUCGUACUAUUCCCAGCUCCAGGGCUCAUUGGUUCAGGUUCGAGUUUUCAGACGCUUCAUCACCUGAACAAUGUCAUCAUCUGAAAAAGAAAUAGUUUUUUUCGUUCUUGAAGUUUUCAAAAAAUCUCGAUUCAUUUAUUUUCAUCUCCUAAUAACCUUUGACAACUUUGUAAGUAGGCAGGAAUCAACGGAUGAACUUGAUGCUCACCAAGAUUUUAUGAGUUUACUGUCAAAUGGCCUUCGUGAAUUUUUCCCAUUAGCUUUUUCUUUCAAGGUCACUUAGUUACAAGCCCUGAAUAAUUGGGUCUACUCCUGAGACUUAAUUCAAAGAUCAGUUCAAAAAACUACAACUGGAAAUUUCAGCCAAAAGAUAAUGUUACUUGACGGUUUGGAAUUUUCAAAAACUGAGAAGUUGGACAGGUUGAGAGUGUUAUAUCUUUGUCAGAAACUGCUCUGACCAACUUUCAGAGAGGUUCUAGUUUUCAAAUCGUUUUUUUGUACAUAAUGUCCUCUCAAACAUCCUUCAUUUGUCAAGAAAUCGGAGCGAAACCAUGUGGUUCCAGAUGCUGAGUGCCAUGGGCUUCGACUCGGACCGUUCUGCGGCCGCCGUCGCUGCGUUCGACGGGAACAUGGCCAAGUGCAUUGACCACCUCAUCAGCGAGGAUCAAUAG